AUGUCUGGAGCAAGGCAUUGGGAGCAAGACAAAGAAGCGACUGUUUAUAUAGGAAACAUCGAUGAGCGAGUGUCAGACAGCCUAAUAUGGGAACUCAUGCUUCAAGCGGGACGGAUCGUAAAUGUGCAUCUACCCAAAGACCGCGUAACGCAAACCCACCAAGGAUAUGGCUUCGUGGAGUUUAUCAGUGAAGAGGAUGCCGAGUAUGCAGCGCGGAUCAUGAACCAAGUGCGGUUAUAUGGCAAGCCGAUUCGAGUAAACAAGGCCUCAGCAGACAAGCAAAAAACCGUCGAAGUGGGCGCCGAGCUCUUCAUUGGAAAUCUCGACCCCCUCGUCGACGAAAAAACCCUCUACGACACCUUCUCCCGCUUCGGUUCCCUCAUCUCUCCACCCAAGAUCGCGCGCGACGAGGCAGGUCUCUCAAAAGGCUACGGCUUCGUGUCCUACUCGAAUUUCGAAGCCUCCGAUGACGCGAUCGCGAAUAUGAACGGCCAGUAUCUAAUGAACAAGGAUAUCAGCGUGCAAUACGCGUAUAAGAAGGACGGUAAGGGCGAAAGACACGGUGAUGAGGCGGAACGUAUGCUCGCUAGUCAGGCGAAGAAACAUAACGUCGUGCUGGACGUUCCUCAGAUGCCGGCGCAGCUACUUCUCAGUGGGAAUGCACCAGCUGCUCCAGCGGCGAUGUUAGAUCAUCACGGUGGUGCUGCUGCGGGCCAGCAGCAGCAAAUGGGCGGUCCGCCUCCUGGCGCCAUGCCUCCUGGAUUCGGUGGGCCCCGCCAAAACGGGGGCUAUAACGCUGUUCCUCCUCCCGCGCAACAAAGACCAAAUGCACCGCUUCCUCCCCCGCCUUCGGGGCUCCCUCAACGUCCCCCGCCGUCUCAGGGCGGUUAUGGUGGACCGCAGGAUUUCCAUCCUCCUGGUUUUGCCCCGGGACCUCCACCACCAGGCUUCCCACAGAACGUACAGAUGCCUCCCGGUUUCGGUGGACCGCCACCCGGGCAAAUGCCUCCUCAUGGUUAUAUGCCUCCGCCGGGCUUCCAGCAACAACCGCCGCAAGGCCCACCGGGAUAUGGACGGAGGUGA